CCACCUCGUCAGUGACCUACUCUCCAUUAAUUACGCUAACUCCUCACGUCGUCUCGCCCGCAAAAUGCUUCUCUUCCUCCUCUUCCUCCUCGCCGCCGGCGAGGCCGCGGCGGCGGCGGCGGCCACCACGCUCACCGCGACGCCGGCGAAGCUCACCCAGUCCGACCGCGAGAUCACGAUCCGGUGGUCGGGCCUCCCGGACCCGGACGGCCUCGACUACGUCGGCAUCUACUCGCCGCCGACCUCCUCCGACCGCGACUUCCUCGGCUACCUCUUCCUCAACGGCUCGGCCACCUGGCGCACGGGCACCGGCGAGCUCACCCUCCCGCGCCUCCCCAACCUGCGCGCGCCCUACCAGUUCCGCCUCUUCCGCUGGCCCGCGAGGGAGUACUCCUACCACCACAUCGACCACGACGGGAACCCGCUCCCCCACGGCCGCCACCGCGUCGCCGCCUCCGGUGAGGUCGCCUUCGACUCCCCCUCCCGCCCCGACCAGGUGCACCUCUCGUUCGCCGACGGGGUCGACGAGAUGCGGGUCAUGUUCGUCUGCGGCGACGGCGGGAGGAGGGUGGUGAGGUACGGGCCGGCGAAGGAGGAGGGGGAGGGCUGGAAGGAGGUGGCCGCGGAGGUGAGGACGUACGAGCAGAAGCACAUGUGCGACUCGCCGGCGAACUCCUCCGUCGGGUGGAGGGAUCCAGGGUUCGUCUUCGAUGGACUCAUGAAGGGAUUGGAGCCCGGGAGGAGGUACUUCUACAAGGUUGGUAGCAACUCUUCAGGAUGGAGCGAUACGUACAGCUUCAUUUCACGUGACAACGAAGCCAAUGAAACUAUUGCAUUUCUCUUUGGUGACAUGGGCACUUAUAUACCAUAUAACACCUAUGUCCGCACGCAAGAUGAAAGCUUGUCGACUGUAAAGUGGAUACUUCGUGAUAUUCAAGCCCUUGGAGAUAAGCCUGCAUUUAUUUCACACAUUGGGGACAUCAGCUAUGCUAGAGGUUAUGCUUGGGUAUGGGAUCACUUCUUCAACCAGAUUGAGCCUAUUGCUGCCAAUACCCCAUACCAUGUCUGCAUAGGAAAUCAUGAAUAUGAUUGGCCAUUGCAACCUUGGAAACCUUGGUGGGCAACUGGUAUAUAUGGAACAGAUGGUGGAGGUGAAUGUGGCAUACCUUACAGCGUAAAGUUCAGAAUGCCUGGCAAUUCUUUUGUGCCUACUGGCAAUGGAGCUCCCGACACCCGAAAUCUUUACUACUCCUUCGAUUCAGGGGUUGUGCAUUUUGUUUACAUGUCAACUGAGACUAAUUUUGUUCAGGGCAGUGACCAAUACAACUUCAUAAAAGCUGACCUAGAGAAGGUCAACCGAAGUAGAACUCCUUUCAUUGUGUUUCAGGGCCACCGGCCAAUGUAUACAUCAAGCAAUGAAGCUAGGGAUUUUGCUCAUAGACAGCAGAUGCUCCAGAACCUGGAACCACUCUUGGUAACAUACAAAGUGACCCUUGCACUCUGGGGACAUGUCCACAGGUACGAGAGGUUCUGCCCCAUGAAAAACUUCCAAUGUGUCAACAUGUCAUCAAGCUUCGUAUACCCUGGUGCCCCUGUUCAUCUUGUGAUCGGGAUGGGUGGUCAAGAUUAUCAACCAUUCUGGCAGCCAAGGAAGGAUCACCCUGAUGUACCUGUCUAUCCGCAGCCUGAGAGGUCUAUGUACCGUGGUGGGGAGUUUGGAUACACAAAACUUGUAGCUACAAAGGAGAAGUUGACACUAACGUACAUCGGCAACCAUGAUGGGCAAGUCCAUGAUAUGGUGGAGAUAUUCUCUGGGCAAGUAUCUAAUAACAAUGGUGUUCCUGAGGUGAUCGAUGAUACAAAGCUCAGCACAGGGGUCAGCACCAAACUGAAAAUCCCUCUGUUCUCCUUGGAAAUUGUAGGCAGCGUGAUGUUUGCACUGGUUCUGGGUUUCUCUCUUGGAUUUCUGAUCAGAAGGAAGAAAGAAGCUGCACAGUGGACCCCAGUGAAGAACGAGGAGACCUAAAAUCACACACUGUAUCUAAUGCAAAUGCAAAUGGUUUUUGAUCAACAACCUGUUUAUAGGAUCGUGCCCCAUUUCUUGGGGCUCUACAGUGUUGUACUAUAGUGCAUAGAGUAUUGUAACAUGUGCUGUGUCAAUCGUGGGCAUUGUAGAGUUUGAUCAGCAUAUCUGUUGCCGUGAUUCUACGAUACAUAAAGGUUUCAAUAAGUGACAUUACGUUCACAUCAAUUGGUUGGUAUGAGUGGUUAACCUGUUCCAUAACGUAAUGCACGAUUCAUUGUUUCAUCUG